AUGGAAACUUAAUCAACAACCGGAAACAGUAAUGAGUUUAGAACAGCAGUUUCGGUAUUGUUGUUGUUGUUUUUGUUGUGGAAAACUUGAAAUAAUUACGCUCGCCUAUUAGAUAUGUCGUCGUCUGGACGUCGCCGGGAAAGUGUAAUAACCACAACGAGCCAUUCGAGCAGUGUUACCCCGGUUACCAUUUGGAAUGGUGUGCAGUAUGCCGCCUCCUCCAAAGAAAUUGAACUUUUGCGCGAAGAAUACGGUCUAGAUACCCGAAUGUUGGAAAAGAAGCUGGUGCCGCGUUACAAAUACCACAAGCCACAGGCCAGUGCCAAAAAUCGUCUAGUUACGGGUCCAUCUAAAGCAGCCCCUCAACGCAGCCCUACCAAGCUCAGUAACUCCUCAAAUUCUCAUUACGAUACAAUUGAGUGUAAGCCGCCUGUGAAAUCUUCCCCCAAACCCUCCGAUUGGAUUUUGUGCUUCAACGAGACCAAAGAGAAUUUCUAUCCCUGGUCGGGGGGCCAGGGUGAUUGUGAGAAGCGUUUCGGCCAAUUCGAUUUGGUGCCUUGGCGCAAACAUCGUUCAGCCUUAGAUCUAAACAACCUAACCGAUUACAGUGCAAGUCCCCUGAACAUCAGUGCCAAAUCUCUAAAUCGCCUAGACAAACUAGAACGCAAACAAAAUCGACGCCAUUUGAAAAAGGUAAACAGUCAGGCGUCUCGUUCGAAUCGUAAACGUUUUGUACGCGUGCGUCUUAUAUUUUCCAUUGAAUUGCGUCACAAAAGAAUGGAACUGCUCAAACAGGCCGCCAUCACCCCGCGGGUCUUCGAACAGAAGGUCACCCUCAAUGACUGUGAUGUGGCAGAAUAUGAGCGUAUCCUCUACAAUGCCAGCUCAAGUGUUGAAGAUCAUUUGGGAUAUUUCACCCGGAGGGGAUUAUCGGCCAACAAACUUGAAUCGAAACGUCCCGCCCUGGAUCUACGGCCCAUAGAACAAAUGAAUUAUACCUCCAGUGAGACCACGGAUAGCUCAUUGAAUUCCAAUUCGGCCAAUAAGUCCAAAAAUUCAAAGUCAACAUCGCCGUCCUCACCAUCAUCGUCGUUGGAUAAUCUUUCACCCGUUGAGCGAUUGUUACACACCAAUCAAGUGCCAUGUGUCAAAUGUCGCCAUUUAACUGAAAAAUUAAGAACCCAUGAUUUUGCGCCACCAUUAAAUGCCAACCUCAACUAUACAAAUUUAAAUAACUCUCAACAUAAAACUAAUCAUAACGCCAACAACAACAACAACAACAACAACGAAGACAAUACAAUAGCAACAACAACGAACAAAAUGCAUUCACACCAACUGGAUGGCUACAAUGAUUCAAUGCACUCGGGCAGUAUUUCAUCAAUUGAAAGGCCUAAUGGAGGCGCAUUAGCGUUGCACUAUGCAGCGGCAAGAGGUUGUUUGGAUUGCGUGCAACUGUUGGUAGCAGCAUCAGCUGAUAUUUGCGCCAAUACGCAAAUGGACAAUGAUGUCACACCAGUCUACCUGGCAGCACAAGAGGGUCAUUUGGAGGUUCUUAAAUUUCUGGUAUUAGAAGCUGGCGGCUCAUUAUAUGUACGGGCCCGCGAUGGCAUGGCUCCGAUACAUGCCGCCUCACAAAUGGGAUGCUUGGAUUGUGUUAAAUGGAUGGUACAAGAUCAAGGCGUUGAUCCGAAUUUACGUGAUGGCGAUGGUGCCACGCCAUUGCACUUUGCGGCCUCACGUGGUCAUCUCUCUGUGGUGCGUUGGCUGCUCAGUCAUGGUGCAAAAUUAUCACUGGACAAAUACGGUAAAUCGCCUAUAAAUGAUGCAGCAGAAAAUCAGCAAGUUGAGUGUUUGAACGUGCUGGUGCAACAUGGAACAUCUGUGGACUACAAUAAUGGACGUGAAAAGAAUACAACAUCGAAACAUGGCAAGUCCACAGCGUCGGGACGUAAUGGUGCAACACAGCAGCAUCAACAGCAACAACAACUUUAUCAUCAUCAAAACGGCGGCGGUAAUAACUCGUCGUCAAUGGGUCACAACAAUUCUCAUGGCAGCUGCAACAACUCGAUGAGCAGCAAACAGACCAGUCGUAGCAACACCAUCAAAUCGAAAACAUCAUCGACCAUGAGCUCCGACCAGGAACCGUUCUAUUUGCAUCCGCCAUCGACAAUGGGUGCACGCAGCAAGGCCAGUGAGUCGAUUUACACCGCCCAGUCGCAGCACUCGCGUUCGUCAUCGGACAAGCUGUACAACGGCUCGUUGGUUCCCAACAACGAUGGCCUCUAUGUGAAUCCGAUGCGUGUUAAUGGGGUCUAUACACCACCCUCGCCCACGGGCAGCAUUUCGGGAGAUUCGUUUUUCUUGCACGACCCCCAAGAGGUGAUCUACAAUCGGGUGCGUGAUCUUUUCGAUUCCGAUUCGAGCAGUGUCAAACACUCAAAUCCACAUAGGCAGCCGAGUCAUCAUCAUUCGAAAGGCAAACAGAACUUAUCCAAUCAUAAUUCAACGCCCAGUUCAAAUGCCUUGACCAUACAGGCGGAUGUCCAUUCAAGUUCCAGUGGUGCUGGCAGUGGUUCGGAUGAGUCGGUAUCGAUUGCAUCGAGCCUUAAUUCGCCUAAAAUACAAGCACAUCGCAAUCAUAGUUUCAAUCGUCACAACAAUUUGCCACAGCCACCACCAACGCCACAGAAACAACAACAGCAACACCAUCAACAAUCGCCCAUGGCGCACCCACAACAACAGCAGCAGCAGCAUCAUCAUCAUCAAAAUAACAACAACAAUACCAACACCAACAGUAGCAUCAACAGCAAUCGCCAGAAUUACAAUCAGUCGCAGGUGUUGAACAACAACAAGGCGCCAGCCAACAACAACAGCAACACUCAUUCCAAUAAAAAUGCCAAUAACUUUUUGAAUAACCACAAGACGAACAACAACAACAGCAGCAGCAGCAGUAGCAUCAAAAAUAAUGGCAGCAUUCGCAAAACAUCAUCGCAAUCGAAUACCCAUGACCAUGACUAUGAGGACAUCUAUUUGGUGAGGGAGGAUGCGCGCAAAAAUCAACAAAAAUACAUGGUCGGCAGAUCACGUUCCCGAGAUAGUGGCUCUCAUUCACGUUCGGCCUCAGCAUCAUCGACACGCAGCACAGAUGUUGUUCUGCAAUAUAGUAAUCAUAAUCUCAAUAACAAACGUGACAACAACAGCAUCUUAAAUCGCAAUAAAUCCCAAUCGAUCAUUGGUCUGCAUGGCAAAUACGACAAUUCUUCGAUUCGUUCGAAAGACAGUUAUGGCAGUAAAAAUGUGAAUUUGAAAAAUCAUUUGAACAGCAGCAGUGGAGGCAUCAAAAGCGAUACCUACGAGAGUGUGUGUCCGCCCGAAGAUGUUGUAGAACGCACCAGGCAGACGAACAAGAAUUCGGUGAUACGAAAUAAUCUGGAUCACAGCAGCGGUGGAAUGCUACAGCAUUAUGGCAGUCAGAGCAAGUUGUCAUCGAUGAACAACAAUAGCUCCAACCAAGCGGCAGCAACACAGAACUCUGGGGGCAAUGUAAAUAACAGCAGCAAUCAGAAUCUGUACAACAGCAGCAAUAGUAUAAACAGCAAUAAUUCUAACAGCAACAACAAUAACAAUGGCAACAACAAUCAAAAUAAUCGCAUUUUAAAACGAGUUUCGUCGGCACCGCCAAUUCAAAAUACAGAAAUUGCAACUGGUCCACCUCCACCACCAUUACCACCACCACUGCGUUCGACAGUAAAUUCCUCGGGACAAUACGGCCAUCAUCAACAACAGCAGCAGCAGCAGUACCAAUCGCAGCAACAACACUAUCAACAUGGCAAAAAUAAUUCAGACUACUCCAACUCCUCGAAUUCAUGUCAUGGUGGUUCAAAUACCAACAUUCAUAUGGAAAACGGUGGCAUGGAUUCGGAUUCUGGUCUAGAAGUUGUUGAGGAACCAAGUCUCCGGCCAUCCGAAUUGGUUCGUGGCAAUCAUAAUCGCACAAUGUCAACGAUUUCUGCCAACAAGAAAGCCAAGCUACUUAAUGGAGGCUCAAGCGUGCAACAGCCAACGUCGGCAGGCAACAAUGGUGAAAUUAACAACAAUAACAACAAUAUGGGUGGCGGCAACAAUCAUCAUUACCACAAUAACAACAACAGCAACAAUGGUGGCUAUCAGCAGCUACUUCAGAACGGCGCUAACGGUGGCGGUAAUUAUGGCAAAAAUUCAUCCCAUUACCAACAUUUGCCGCACAACGGCAGCUCUGGCGUUGGCAGUGUUACGGGAACUCUACACAACGGCGGCAGUGCUCCACAGAAUUCUCAAAAUCAUCAUCACUACAAUCAAAUCCAACAACAGCAACAUAUUUAUGGCUCAUCCGCUGAGGAUCACUACGAAUUGACACAGGCCCAAUACGGUCACAACAAUAACGCGGCUGGUAAUUCGUCUGCCUCCUCCUCCGCCACACGGCCCAAUGGCCCUAAUCUUGUAAAUAAACAAUUGGUAUUGCCAUUUGUGCCACCCAGUUUUCCCAACAACUCCCUGGACGGCAUUACACAUCUCAUCAAACCAUCGGAAUAUUUGAAAAGCAUCAGCGAUAAGCGAUCAUGCCCCUCAUCAGCCAGGUCUACGGAUUCAGAAGACUAUAUGCAUAUACAGGUGUCAAAUCAGCAUCCUGUAGCAUUUGAUCCACCAAAACCGCCACCACCACCGCCAUUGCCAAUGACACCGCUGCCACAGCAUAAUACCAUCAACAACAACGAUCGUCACAACAACAGCAAAUCCAUUAGUCUGCAGUCACAGAAUUCGCAUCAUCAGGAUACCACAACCAGGAAACAGCAUCAGCCAUUGUCCGCAAUAUCCAUACAGGACUUAAAUAGUGUGCAGCUUCGCCGCACCGAUACGCAAAAAGUACCCAAACCAUAUCAAAUGCCUGCCCGUAGUCUCAGCAUGCAGUGCCUAUCGUCGACAACGGAUACCUAUCUGAAGACAGAUCUUAUUGCCGAGCUGAAAAUCUCCAAAGAUAUAUCGGGCAUCAAGAAAAUGAAAGUGGAAAAACAAAUGGCCAAUCGUUUCGAUUCGGAACACUAUUCGGAAAUAACCAAACAAUUUACGGCCAGUAAUUAUGUUGAUCAAAUUUAUUUACAGAUACCGGAGAAAGAUCCAGCCGGUAAUAUUAUACCCGACUGGAAACGACAAAUGAUGGCAAAGAAGGCGGCCGAAAAAGCCAAGAAGGAAUUUGAAGAGCGCAUGGCCAAGGAGGCCGAGAAUCGACGUCUGUCACAGAUACCACAGUGGAAGCGAGAUUUGUUGGCACGUCGUGAGGAAACGGAAAAUAAACUCAAAGCUGCAGUUUACACGCCCAAAGUAGAAGAGAAUAAUCGUGUGGCCGAUACAUGGCGUCUCAAAAAUCGGGCCAUGUCUAUCGAUAACAUUUCGAUGGUUUCGUGUGCCACAGAGAUUGUUUCGAGUCACACCAAUAAGGAAAACGCCACUAGCAAUGGCUAUGGUUACUCUCAGAAUGGUCAUGGUGGAGAGAAUAAAUCCAUGAAUGGAGAUAGCGCUCUGCAACACAACGGUGAAUCUCAGCAGCAGCAGCAACAACAGCAACAGCAGCAGCACCAACAACAGCAACAACAUGAGGAAGAAGAUAAUGAAAACAUAAUACCAUGGCGUGCUCAAUUGAGAAAAACCAACAGCAGACUGAGUUUAAUUUAAGAGAAAGAAAGAGAGAAAUAUAAAGAGAAUGGCAGAGGCACAAAGCGGUCAGCUUAUUAACUCCUCCUAAGAGAGGCAAUUAUUAAUUAGGCUAUAUAAAUUAGUGGAAAAAACUAAAAUGUUAGAAGAAAACAUCAAGAACAACAUUACUGUUAUUAUCAUUUUUAUUAUUAUUAUUAUUUAAUAUUUUUGCAAUGCAUUUUAUUUUUAAUUAUCAUUUUAUGUUUAUAUUUCCAUAACUUGUUCCAAUAUCAAUGAAAAAAGAAAGUGAGUAAUGUAAUUUAUUUGACAUAGUUAAAUGCAAGUUUAAAAAUUAUUAUUUUUUAUUAAUUGUAAUUGCUUUAAAACAAAAUAAGUAAAGUCCUUAAAAAAGGAGAUAAAGAAAAUGAAACAACUAUAAUUUGUAUUAAAUAUUAUUUUUUAUUUAUAUAUAAUAUCUACAUAAUCCCAGCAGGGGCAGCUAGAAACUGCUGAGAUUAUCUUUUACAUUUUGGUGCAAUAUCUACUUCUUUUUAUUUUUUUUAAUAUUUAGUAUAGUAAGUACACAUGAACCCAAUAAUAAAUGAUAUAGUAAAUCAAAAACAGGGUGCUGUUUUUAAUAUUAAAAAACAAAA